AUGUACGAUCCUACGGUAAAUGUUGACUCACCAGAUUUCGCCCAAGUCCUGCAAAAGAACGAACAAGCGCUCGAGAAGUAUGAAGGUGAGGGGUCAGAUCCGGACUGUACCGAAAAGGAUCCGUAUUGGUGUGAAGGUUACGUGAACACAUAUAUGGAUUGGCAAACGCAGAUAAAUAAUUUUCAGCAUGAGGCAUGUGCUCCUUUUAAGUUUGCAUUCAUUUGA